CGUUUUUAGUGUCUAUGCACGCUUUUGUCAGUAACAUCCUUAAGACUGACUAUAAAGUUCAAAUCGAGAACGUUUUUUAUACUUAAAAUUUUCAAUCAUGUUGAUAAUUUAUAAGCUUUACUGAAGUUCAUUAUUACUGUGCAAUUAUAGUGACAUUUAGACAAUAAGUUGUAAAGUCCAAUAUCUUAUUCGUUCGGGCAAAAUAUCAUUAAGAGUCAAGAUUAAAUUUCAGUUCUUUUUCCUUAAGGAUAAAAAAAAAUUAAAAUUAAAAACUGACAAAAAUUAAACAUUCUUGAAAAAAUGUGUCAUCCGUUAUUUAUUUUAAUUCGUUCAUGUUUUAUUAUCACAGCUUACUCAAUUAAAAUGACAUUAAACGGGUUAAAACUUCUUUCGUUAUAUUUAUAAUCAAUAUUUAUUGACUUCGAAUGUCAUGGCACUCUAUGAUCGGAGUUAUUUACAACAUUUACGAACUAUUUGUUGGUGAUAAGUUUACAAAAGAUUGAAUUAUGAAACUAACUGCUCUUGUUUUUUAUUGUAUUAGGUUUCUGUAACAGUCAUAAUUAUUAUAAUGAAUUUUGAUUAUAUCUAUUAUUGUAAUUCCACUUGGUUCGUCCCUAAAUUUAUCAGUUUUUCAAGAGCUUAUAUUAAAUUUGUAUCUGUUAGAAAGAAAUUAUAAAUAAAUGAAAUUAUACUUUCAACACGAGAAAUUUGAUAAUGAAGAUUUUCUAGUAAAAUUUUGCAUCUAGAAUAAAUAUUUCCGAACGUUAAAAGUUCUUUAAACAGAUUAUGUUACUCCGAUAAAUUUAUGUUUCUACAUUACGAGGAAAAUUAAAAUUUCAAAACGUCAUGCGUAUAAAUAUGCAUUAUUCUUGGUUGUUCUUGUUGAUGAUAUUCAUUGUCAGAGCUUGGUGUUUCUUAUUAGAAGGAACAUCGUCUAGUUAUGCACAAUUUUCUAAAUGGAAUGCUGCAGUGAAUGCUAGUUUAGAAUUUGAAUUUAAAACAAACCAAAGAAGUGGCCUCUUACUGUAUACUGAUGAUGGUGGAACAUAUGACUUUUUCGAAAUUAAAUUAGUUGAAGGUGCAGUAAGACUUCGUUAUAAUCUGGGAGGUGGUGCCCAAAUAGUAACUGUUGGACAUGAUUGCGGCGAUGGACAAUGGCAUAAAGUACAAGUUCUAAGAAAUCAUGAAAAUACAACACUUAGUGUUGAUAGUGAUAGUGGAUUUUCUACAUCACGAGGAAAAGAAUUUCAGUUUGGCAAAUUAUCGAGUAACUCAGAUGUAUAUAUUGGUGGAAUGCCUAGUUGGUAUAAUAGCAAGCUGACAUUACUUGCAUUACCUAGUGUUAUAUUUGAACCGAGAUUUAAAGGAUUAAUAAGAAAUCUCAUAUAUGCUGAUGAUAAUAAUGUGAUAUCGCGACGACAAGAAAUUACAUCUCGUUUUUCUCGGAGUAUCUUGCACAUCAAUUUGCGAAAUUCAACCGAUGUGUGUGAAAGCCAAUCUCCUUGUCAACAUGGUGGAAUCUGCAUUUCCACGGAUGCAGGUCCUAUUUGUGACUGCCGCACUGGAAAUUUCGAAGGUCAAUACUGUGAAAAAGAUAAAAUCCAAGUUGAAGCAUCGUUUAGAGGAUCAGAAUUUUUGAAAAUUGAUUUGAGCAAUGGAAACCCAAUUUACAAUGUUGAUGAAUCAAUUUCGAUACAAUUCAAGACUCGUCAACAUAAUGGACUGCUUUUUUAUUCAGGUCAAAAUAAUGAUUACUUGAUGAUAUCCCUUCGGGAUGGUGGAGCAGCAGUAGAAAUGGUAUUAACUAAUGGCCGUUUGGAUCUGUAUAUAAAACCUAUGAAAAUGAGAUUCGAUGACAAUCAGUGGCAUAAAAUAGUCAUUCAAAGACGUGUUCAAGAGAUUUCAGCAAUAACAAGGUUUUGCAAGUUAUCAGCGAUCGUUGAUGGAAUUUAUGCAGAUCACGCUCAUACAGCAGGCUCGUUUACUUAUUUAGCGAGUUCGCAGUUGCUGAUUGGUGGUGGUAUUGAUACUAAUAUGUUUCACGGCAUUAAAGGAAUGACAAAUUUCGUUGGUUGCCUUCGAAAGGUGUAUUUUAUGGGUGAUGAACAAAAUGAAGUUAACCGUCGUUGCCAGUAUACUGAAGGAGUAGAAAGAGAAACAGUAUUGAAACUCCAACGAAUGUUACACAGCCACAAUGUUUUGGUUCAGAAGUUAAUUAACGUUGUGAAAAAAGUAAAAGUAUUUGGAGAUCUCAAGUGCCACAUGUACUACAUUGAAUGGCAGAAAAGAGGUCUACCACAUGUGCACAUAUUAAUUUGGCUAAAACAGAAGCUACUUCCUUAUCAAAUUGACAACGUAAUUAGUGCUGAAAUUUCAGAUCCGGAAGAAGAUAAAAAUCUGUACGACAUGGUUAUUAAAAAUAUGAUUCAUGGUCCCUGUGGAGCUGGUAAGUGUACAGAAAAGUAUCCUCGAGAACUGAUUAGAGAGACAGUUCACAAUGAUAAGGGUUUUGUGUUAUAUAGACGAAAAGCGCCUGCUGAUGGUGGUAAACAAGUUGACAUUCUGACUCGCAGUAGUGAAAUCAAUAGUUGUGAUAAUAGCUGGGUUGUGCCAUAUUCGCCGAUUUUGUGUAAAUUAUUCAACGCUCACAUUAAUGUUGAAGCCUGCAAUUCUGUGCGUGCGAUUAAAUAUAUUUGCAAAAAAGACCAAAAAAUUGCAGUUGCUGUAGCUUCUUCGAGUAUUGCCGCGACGCUAUCAAGCGGCGGCCGUACGGCACAUUCCGUUUUAAAAUUACCAUUGAAUCUGGCACAGGAAGAUUCGCCCAUUUGUAAUUUCAGUAAAAAUAGUUCACAAGGUAGGAUGCUGCGAGAAUGUAAGCUUUUAGUGUGGGGUGAAAGUACAAUGUCUCACAAGAAGGCUAUAGAAGCUUUAAACCGGACUCUUCAGGACUUGCAAAAUAGUACAGAUAUAAUGGGAGGAAUGGUAGUUUUAUUAGCUGGUGAUUUCCGACAAACCUUCCCAGUCAUUCAGAGGGGGACACCAGCAGAUGAAAUUCAAGCAUGCAUUAAAUCAUCAAGCUUAUGGUCAAGAGUUGAAAAAUUCAGCCUGAAAACGAAUAUGAGAGUGCAUCUUCAUAAUGACGUGGAUUCGGGACUUUACGCAGAAAUGUUGUUGAAAAUUGGUGAUGGUUGUUUAGACGUCGAAGCUGAAGGUUAUAUAUCACUAUUAAGAGAAUUUUGUGAUUUAGUAAAAAAUGAUGGGAAUCUUAUCGCUCAUGUUUUCCCGGAAAUACAACAAAAUUUGAGUAGUGAUCAGUGGUUGUGCGCAAGAGCAAUAUUAGCACCAACAAAUAAAGUAGUUAAUAAAAUCAACACUGACAUUCUGAUAGAGGUGCAAGGAGAAAUGAAGGAAUAUUUAUCAAUGGAUACAAUUAUGGAUACGGAACUAAGUACUCCAUAUCCUGUGGAGUUUUUGAACUUACUUGAAAUGUCAGGUGUACUGUUCUGUACUAUUUCAACAUUACGCCACAAUGUCGAUGAUUUUAAGCAGGCGUUGAUUUCAUCAGCGUAUGUUGAACGUGGAGUGACGGGAAGUGUUUGUCUGAAGUCACCUGAAAGGACUAACAGAGUGCCACCAAAUAGUUUGUCGUUGUUUUUAAUAUCUUUCAAUGUCCUGUUCAACGCCUCAAGCGAAUUUGCCGCAAUGCCCGAUGAUGCAACGGCCAAUGCGAUGCCAUUAUUGGAUCAAAUUUUGGCGAGAAUUAGCGAAAUAAGGAAUGUCUUGCCAGUUCCACCUGGUGCAUCUAAAAAGAAUAACCCACCUUGUCCUGCUGAAACUGCGAGCAUAAUGCGGUCGGGCGAAUAUUGCACGACCCAGCGAUUGUCAAUAUCAAUGUCUGUGUUGCUGAUGUUUUUAAUAAAUGAUUGUCCGCCAUUAUCUGGAUUCCUUCGACGAUAUAUUGGAUAUCCGUCGACAUUUGUGAUUGUACCGAACACGUUUGAAUCUGGAUCUGUGCCAAUAAGCAAACCGUUCAAUGGUUCCGGUGGUGUUUCAAUUACAGAUAGUAAAUCAUUAAAACAGCAAGCUAAGGAAUUCGUCAAUAAUGUAAAACAAGAAAUAAAAAUUUAUGAAUUAGCAAAUGUAUACAAUUCAAAUGUUGAAGGAGAAAAGCGAGUAGAAUGUCUUGUACAAUCUGUUACUUCUUCUAACCAUAGUUACACAGUUCAACCAACUGUAUCCGCUGAUGAAAAGCUUUUAUCCCCACUUUUUUUGUUUCUAAAAGAACCAAGUGCAAGCAUUGAGAUGAAGAGGACGCAAGCGAUGGAACGCCUCGAAAAGCUGACCAGCGAACUGCAUGAGUUUGUCCAAUCAAAGGUCAAUAUCCAUAACGAGGUAAAGGCCAAGGCAACCGGGGUAGUUAACGCCCUUCGAAGGUUUAAAAAACUGGACGAAGAAUGGCAGUCACCUCGACGACUCACUCCUCGUCUUACGCCGGAGAAGAGCAGUCAACUUAUUGUGGAGAUCGAAGUAUCAAUGGACACUGGAGGCGAUGGUGACGGUGAAUCUGAUGCUAAAGACGAAGGUCAUACUUCCAAUAAGUCUAACAAGAGGAAGGACCGAAACUCUUCAGAUGGAAUAGAUGGGCGAUUAACAAAGAAAAAGGACUUGAAACCAAGUCCUCCGAAAAACGUGAUGAAGCAGAACGCCGAAAAAAAAGACGCGACUGAUUGGAAAGAUGUUCGCACAACGGUGGACAAGAUCAACGAGACCAGAAGCGGGGACUUGCUGAUCACAAUUUCACGGAAGAGCGUGGACAAAGGCCAAGGCCUGCAACAGACCAUCGCAAACAUUCUUAAGGAGAAGGCCAAAUUGAUCUGCAAAGGGCCACAAGAAGACAUCGAGAUCCGAGACCUAGAUGACACCACAACAAAGCAGGAUAUUCAGGCUGCCCUGCAUACGGUAACCAAAGAGCUCUGCGAAAUACCACCAGGGACAAUCAAGAUCCGCAAAGCCUACAGAGGUACCCAAACCGCUGUCGUGACACUACCGGCUGCAGCAGCUCAGAAGAUAUUAGACGGAAGCGGUAAAAUCCGAAUUGGCUGGGUCAACUGCCGUAUUAGAGCCACGAGGAAACCUACCCAAUGUUACAAAUGCUGGCAUUUCGGGCACCACGGAUCCCAACGCAGAAGCAAGAUAGAUCGAUCCAAGCUAUGCAUCAAAUGCGGCCAAGAAGGACACAAGAUUGCGGACUGUAAAAACCCAGCGAAGUGUGUAUUAUACGCGGAAAAUAAGAGCACAGAGAACGCUGCCCAUCACGCCGGCACAUACAGGUGCCCGACUGACUUAUUUGGAUUCGAGUUAUUGGAUGGCCAUCUGUAUUUACAUAUCGAUCUUGGAAGUGGAUAUCUAAAGAAAAGAGUAUCUAAAUAUCGAAUUGAUAACAGCACUUGGCAUGAUAUUGCAUUAAGCCGUAUUGAUCGUCGUGGAAAAAUUACGGUUGAUGAAGAAUUGAGUGAGUUUGAAACAAUUGGUGAUGCAACUCAACUUGACUUGGAUGGAUUAUUGUAUAUUGGUGGAAUCGGAGUUCCUUUUGCUUCUUUGAACAUACCACCAGUUUUCUGGAGCACCGCUUCUCAACGAGGAUUUGUCGGCUGUAUGCGAGAUUUAGUUAUAAAUGGACAAUCGAUUGACGUUGCUGGAUAUGCACAACAACAAGAUUCUGGGGCAGUGAGACCUGCAUGCCACGUACAAGCUACUUUUUGUGGAUCUCAACCUUGUAUGCAUGGUGGUAAAUGUAUUGAAGGUUGGAACAGAUUCUACUGUGAUUGUACUUCGACAGAUUUUAAUGGAGCCACUUGCAGUAAAGAUGCAUCUAUUCUUCAUCUUAAUGGAAGUCAGCAAAUGACUAUACUUAUGCCCGAAGAUUCGAGAACACAAGCAGAAGAGAUAUCUCUUCGCUUCCGAACAUCUCAGCCAAACGGAUUAUUGUUUGCGACUAGUGCAGAUUCUUCAUCAGAUUGUUUGCAAUUGUAUUUAGACAAUGGAGUAGCUAAGAUGAGGAUUCAAAUUCAAAGUCAUGAAAAGACUGUACAAUCCGGAAAAAAUUUAAAUAAUAAUAUGUGGCACACUAUUAAAUUCUCGAGACGGGCAAAUUCCAUGAAAUUUCUGAUAGAUUCAGAACAUCUUAUCGAAGUUGAAUCACAAUUCAGCAAUGAUGCAAUUUUGGAAUUCCGAUGUAUUCAUAUUGGUGGUUAUCUCCAUAGUGGUAUACACAUUCCUAACUUCAUUGGUCACCUUCAACAGUUUUGGUUUAAUGGAAAUGCUUACAUUGAACUGGCUAGAAACUUUGGUACGCGUGAGCAUAUGCAUCAAGGCAUCACACCAAUUAUUCGAGUGACAGGCCAGUUUGAAAAACGAAUUCAUCAAGUUCAUAAGCCAGUCGCUUUCAAAUCAAAACACACAUUUAUCGGACUCCCUAUUUUAAAGGCAUAUGUUGAGACGAAUAUAUAUUUUCAGUUCAAGACAAAAGAGUCCAAUGGAUUGAUUCUUUUCAAUGCCGGCAAAGGAAAUGAUUUUAUCGCUAUUGAACUUCUUGAUGGUCAUGUGCACUAUGUAAUUGAUCUCGGAGAUGGUGCUCUUCGGAUUCGAGAUAUAGCAAAAUCAAGGUUGAAUGAUGGUAAAUGGCAUUCAGUCACUAUAAGUCGACCUGCUCCAAAAAAACAUACAUUAGCUAUCGAUGAUAAUGCUACGGUGAUUCUUAGUGAAGGAAGUAAUGAAAAUUUGGACUUAGAUGGAAUUCUUUACAUAGGAGGUGUUGAAAAAACAUCAUUUGCCCAACUCCCAAAACCUAUUAUAAGUCAUCAUGGAUUUCAAGGUUGUUUAGCUUCUUUUGAACUUAGUGGCCAAAGCGUUGAUCUGAUAACAGAUGCAAUUGUGUCAAGCUCAUUGGUAGAGACAGGAUGCUUUGAGUACGAUAGCUUGCAUUCAACAAGAAAAUGUCAUCAUGAAAUCUGCUCGAAUCGUGGUCGAUGUAUCCAACGACCUGAUACGUUUAUGUGCGAUUGCGACAUGACUACAUUUCGAGGGCCGACAUGCAAUGAUGAAGCGAUUGCCUAUGAAUUUAGUUCAGGCAAAGGCAUAAUUUCCUAUAUUCUACCGAAUGGUCAUAAGUCUAAACCAACAAGAGAUAUGAUAGCAGUAGGAUUCAUGACAAGUAUAAAUGAUGCUGUAUUACUGCGUAUAGAAUCUUCACGCAGUAAUGGAUAUCUUGAGAUUGAAAUAGUCGAAGGGAAUCUUUUUGCAGUCUACAACACAGGCUCUAGUGAUCAUGCUAUUGGCGAAAUAGGUGUCAAAAUCAAUGACAAUCAAUAUCACAUUGUACGGUUUACAAGAAACGGUUCUAACUGUACCUUACAAGUCGACGAUUACGACUUACAAUCGAACAAUAACUCAGAUUUUGAAACUUUGUUACAAGAUGGUCAGUCAAUUAUUCAAGUUGGAGGAAGAUGGAACAACAACAAAGGGCAAGUUGAAAGAGGAUUCGUAGGAAUUAUUUCAGGGCUUGUCAUAAAUAGUGCAAGAAUUUUUGAAUUAGAGAGUAAACAGUUGAGCAAAGUAGUUAUUUCUCUGCGUGGUGAUGUUCACAUGUUACCACCCGGAAGCUUACAGGACAGAACUUCCCCUAUACAGCGAAUGCAGCAGACUCCAGCAUCGGGAUUACCAGGACUCAUAGAUGAUCUUAUUUUUUCUGGUGCUGGAAGUGGCUGUAUGGGAGACGAUGAAGAUGAUGGUUGUACACCCGUGUAUGAUCCUAACUCAGGUAAAAAAUUACAAAAUUCUUAUAACCUAACGACAUGAUUAUCUCGU